CCCUAGCUUCCAGACUCCUCCCUCCCUCCUCGGCCGCGUUCUCCCCCCCGACUGAGAUCACUGCGCGUGCCGUCGGCGCCAUGGCCGCGCCACCGCCGCCGUCGCCAGCCAAAACCCACUAGCAGCGCGUCGCGGGUGCACCUGCUGCCGAUCUAGGAAGCAGGGAUUUCUUCGCGCCCUGCGCUGUAGAAACGGGCCUGGAUUUGCUCGAGAGCGAGAGGAGGGGGUAAUAGAGUGAAAGGAGGCGCGGGGAGAAGAUGGCUGCGGAAAUGGUGAAGGCAGCGACGAGCGACAAGCUCAAGGAGAUGGAUUGGGCAAAGAACAUCGAAAUCUGCGAGCUCGUGGCGCAGGAUCCUGGGAAAGCGAAGGAUGUGAUCAAGUCCAUAAAAAAGUCUAUAGGGAGCAGGAGCAAGAGCACUCAACUCUUUGCUGUUAUGCUAUUGGAGAUGCUUUUGAAUAAUUGCGGAGAGCCUAUCCAUAGGCAGGUCAUCGAUAAUGGCCUUCUUCCAAUACUUGUGAAGAUAGUGAAGAAAAAGACGGAUUUACCAGUUCGAGAAAAAAUAUUUCUUCUGUUAGAUGCUACACAAACAUCCCUUGGUGGAGCUAAAGCAAAGUUUCCUCAGUACUAUGAGGCAUACUAUGAGUUGGUGUCUGCUGGUGUGCAAUUUUCAAAUCGCCCAAAUGUUGUUGUCACAAGAGCAGAAGUGCCAGUCCCAGAACCAAGAACAGAACCAAAUAAUGAAAGUUUAGCAACCCGAUUGAAUGAAGCCCAACAGGAAGUGCACACUCAGCCUGCUCCUGAUGCAAGUAUAGUCCAGAAAGCCUCUAGUGUCAUGGAAGUAUUGAGGGAUGUGCUUAAUUCUAUGGAUCCUAGGCACCCUGAGGGAGCAACGGAUGAAUUUGUGUUGGACCUUGUCGAGCAAUGUACGUUUCAGAAGCAAAGAAUAAUGCACCUUGUUAUGACAUCAAGAGAUGAAAUGGUGGUAUCACAAGCUAUAGAGCUAAAUGAAGAGCUACAUAAGGUCCUUGUCCGGCAUGAUGCGUUGCUUUCUGUUCAUCCGACAACAACAGUACCUUCUAAUAUAAAGGAGGAAGAGGAGGAAGAGGAUGCUGAAAGUCUCUAUCGGAGACUGCGGAAGGGGAAAGCUCUGUCGCAGGACUACACAGAUGACUCGGUGCCGUCAUUCCGAUCCAUGCCCGAGGACAAGCUGCGGCGGCCGCUGACCAUCCAAUCGCCUCACCCCGACAAGCGACUGGGUGCGCUGAACAUCCGCUCACCAGACCGUGAAGAGCCAAGGCCUGAUCCUGCUCCGCUGAUCCCGCCACCGCCCUCAAAGCACGCCGAGAGGGAGAGGUUCUUCCGGGAGAAGAGCAUCGAUGGCGUGGCCAGCCUGCCAGGCCACCUGAGGGGCCUGUCACAGCACAGCCGGGACGGUAGCAGCUCGUGUAGCGGCAGCACUGAUUACGGUGACUGAGGGGGGAGCGGCAGCAGCAGCAGUACAUAUAGGGUUUCCCUUCUUGGGGUUGUUGGUCUCCCACUUGGCUAGGCAGGCGAUACAUUGGUGUUGCGCCGGAGUUUGGCUCGGCCCUCGGCAUCUCUUUCUCCUUCAUGCUGACCUGUGUACACUUGGCUUGGUAGCAUUUUGUUCUUCUUCCUUUCCAUCUUUCCCUUUGGCUGAUGACAUUAUUGGGAGACCGUUGUGUUGGUGUGGCGUUGUGGGUGUUCUUUUCUUUCAGAUCUAUAGAUGAUUGUGAUCUACUGCAUGGGGUAUGGCUUGGGUCUGAAGCA